AUGGACAACAUUGCUCCUGAUGAAUCAUCGUUGACUGUGCCUCUCAUUGCUGACGAGGAGAAACAAAGGCUAGGAUGCAAACUUGGAGAUGUGGAGACAAAUUACCGUCAUCCAACUACAGGCACCACCUCUACCUUCAAGACUGUUUUCCACGAACUAAAUGCUUUGUCAGGGGUAGGAAUCCUUUCAAUCCCCUAUGCACUAAUGUCUGGAGGAUGGUUGAGCUUGAUUCUCCUCUUUGUUAUCUCCAUUGCAGCCUUUUAUUCGGGCUUACUGAUCCAAAGAUGUAUGGAUGUGGAUUCAAAUAUCAGAACUUAUCCUGAUAUAGGUGAGCGGGCUUUUGGGAACAAGGGAAGACUUUUGGUAUCAGUUGUCAUGUAUAUAGAACUUUACAUGGUUGCAGCAGGAUUCCUGAUUCUUGAAGGGGAUAAUUUACAAAAUUUAUUUCCUAACAUGGGGCUUGAAGUGGCAGGGUUUGAAUUAGGUGCAAGACAAAGCUUUGUGAUAAUUGUGGCCCUUGUUAUUUUGCCUACGGUUUGGUUGGAUAACAUGAGCAUUCUUUCUUAUGUCUCGGCCAGUGGGGUUUUAGCUUCUGCUAUCAUUCUUGUCUCAAUUUUUUGGACUGGUGCUAUCGAUGGAAUUGGGUUUAAUGAAAAGGGAACUCUGAUAAAUUGGAAUGGAAUCCCCACUGCAGUAAGCUUGUAUGCUUUCUGUUACUGUGCUCAUCCAGUCUUCCCUACCCUGUACACUUCUAUGAAAAACAAGUAUCAGUUCUCUAACGUUCUGAUUCUGUGUUUUAUUCUAUGUACCUUAUGCUACGCAUCAAUGGCAGUUCUGGGUUACUUAAUGUUCGGAUCAAAGGUUCAGUCACAAAUAACCUUAAGCCUUCCAACUGAUAAGUUUAGCUCAAGAGUGGCAAUAUACACCACACUGGUCAAUCCAAUAGCCAAAUACGCGCUGAUGGUUACUCCAAUAGUGAAUGUUACAAAAAGUUGGUUUCCACUGAACCGCAAUAAAAGGCCAUUUAGCCUCUUCAUCAGUACAGCUUUUGUGAUCAGCAAUGUCACUGUAGCCCUCUCUCUUCCCUUCUUCGGUGAUCUUAUGUCGCUGGUCGGAGCGUUUUUAAGUAUGACAGCUUCUAUCGUACUUCCAUGUUUAUGCUACAUGAAGAUUUCAGGAACUUAUCGAAGAUUCGGAUUUGAAAUGCUGGUAUUAGUGAGUGUAGUGCUACUGGGUAUUGCAGUCGUUAUAUUUGGUACUUACACCUCUCUCUUGCAGAUAAUUGGGCACCUGUAA